CUCGCACGCGACGUUGGUCGGAUGCCCACCAUGCGCGUCCAUCGCAAUCUGGUCAACUUGAUCAGCGACACCGUGACACGGCCAUGUGCCCGCAUGCGCCAAGCCAUGGCGUCGGCCGUCGUCGGGGAUGACGUGCAUGGUACGGACCCGACUGUGCGAGAGCUCCAGCGAACAGCCGCCGACCUCCUCGGAAAGCCCGCCGCGUUGUUUGUGCCAUCAGGAACCAUGGGCAAUCUCAUUUCUGUGGGAGUGCAUUGCAACCGUGGCGACGAGGUCAUUCUCGGCAACCAGUCGCAUGUUUUCAAGUACGAAGGUGGCGGCGUGAGCGCGUUCUUGGGCGCGAGCAUGCACACUGUGCUCAAUCAGCCGAACGGAGAAUUGCUUGUCGACGACAUUGAAGCCGCCAUUCGUGCCGACGACCCUCACUUUCCACGGACCAAGCUCGUCGUGGUUGAAAAUACCCACAACACGUGCGGUGGUCGCGUCGUUUCCACGGACUCUGUGGCUGCAAUCGCCGACCUCUGCGCCCGGCGAGAUCUCAAGCUCCAUGUUGACGGUGCUCGUUUGGCUAACGCAAGCGUGUAUCUCGGCCAGUCCCUCGCGGACAUGCUGGCCCCCGUCGACUCGGUUUCUUUGUGCUUGAGCAAGGGCCUCGGAGCCCCCGUCGGAUCGAUUAUUGCUGGUUCGGAAGAGUUCAUCUACCACGCCAAACGACUGCGCAAGGCACUGGGCGGUGGCAUGCGCCAGAGCGGCACGAUUGCCGCCGCUGGGCUCAUCGCGCUCGGCAACAUCGACCGACUCGCGAGUGACCAUGCGAAUGCACUCCACUUGGCGCACGGAUUGGUUGGUACAUUCGUGUUCCCUUCCUGCACCGUCGUGAAUGUUGUAGGCCAAAAUUCCAGGAAUCGUCGUCGAUAUCGACGUUGUCGAGACGAAUUUGGUGUUUUUCUCGCUGGACCCUGCCUCGAUGGCGACGGCGGAUUUCCUCGCUCACCUCGACGAGGAGCAUGGCGUAUUGCUUGGAGGGGGAUAUGGCAAGGGCGGGAAUCAAAUCCGAGCCGCCUUGCAUCUCGACGUGACCGAAGACGAUGUCGAGUACACGCUCCAGGCUGUCCGUGCUGUCUUGUCCUCGAACUGGUCCUUUGGAACGCCAUCGUCACUGCCGUAGAUCUCGAGUCAAUACUACCUCUUGGUGGUCGUCGCAUGUGCCUUCACAGUAGACUGCCAAGCGGUGUCCUCGGCGUCGCCGCGCCGUGUGUGCCAACGUCGGAACGCUCGACGACACGCUCGGAGAGCAGCAUUUUUCGAUAGAUUUUCUUCGGAAUGAUACGAAAAGUCUGCAUUUUCCCAAGUAUCAGAUGGAUUCGUUGAAGACUUAAAAGUAUCAAUUUUUCUUGUA